UAUAUGAUUUGGAUGUAUUUUGGAAUGACUGGACUGGUUUUUUGCCAUAAUCAAUAUUUUUAUAUUUUUAUAUUUUUCUCUUUUUCUGGAAUUUUUUAAAGUCCCAAACUGUAAAUCGGUUUUCUUCUAAAUCCAUUUUUUUUCUCUUGUUUUAACUUUUCAAAGUUGUUUUAGGUUUCAAUUUACUUUUACUACAAGUUUUUUAAUUUUUCGAAUUUAUUUAUUUAUUUUAAGGUUCAAAAGGGCCUGUACUGGACUGCACUGAUUCCUGAGGACUCCACUGAGUAACUUGCCUCAUCCGGGUGGCAAUUUCCCUGGCCGAGGAGAGUCCCAGCACACUGAUUGUAUGCUUUGCCAGUGGGCCACACAUAGUUGAAGAAAUAGAAUGUGGGAAUUCUCUGUUGGCUUAUACAUGAUCAAUGUUUGGCCUGAUUCCUUACUCCUUGCUGCUAUCUAUGGUGUUGUUGAAACUGCUUCCAUUGCUUUGCUUGGUUCAAAUGUUGGUGAUUGGGUCAAUAGAAUGACAUAUAAGCAGGUUCUUCAAGGUUGGUUGCUUACUCAAAACUUCUCUUUCAUGUUAGCUGGAGGCACAGUGUUUGCAGUACUAUCCUGUAAUGGUUUGAAGUCCACAAAUUUUCCGAUAUUUAUGGUUCUUGUUUCUCUCAUAAACAUUGCUGGGGCCGUUGGUGCUCUUUCAACCCUUGCUGGUACGAUCUUGGUACAGAGAGAGUGGAUAGUUGUAAUUUCAGGCAGCCAAUCUUCUGAAAUUCUGACCCAAAUGAACUCGGUUAUUCGACGUAUUGACUUAACCUGCAAGUUGUUGGCUCCUGUUGUUACUGGAUUUCUUAUAAGCUUUAUAUCCCUAAAAGCAUCAGCAAUAGCUUUUGCCUUGUGGACUAUUUUAUCUGUUUGGUUAGAAUAUUGGCUUCUGUCCUCUGUAUACCAUGGAACUCCAGCUUUGAUGAAGAAAAGUAGGCCAGAGAAGACUGCAAAAACCAAUUCAGAUGAUUCUUUGAGUUGUUCAUUAGAUUUAGAGGAGAGAGGGGAUUCUUCUUCUUUGGAACAACGAGUUCAUUUAACGGGACAAAAUGAGGUUCACACCUCAAAAAGGGGAAUCAUGACAAGGCUCUUGAAGCUUCCUACAAUUGCUGGAUGGCUUGUAUAUACUAGGCAGGAUGUGUUGAUACCUGGAGUAGCUUUAUCCUUGCUCUAUUUUACCGUCCUCAGCUUUGGGACAUUAAUGACAGCAACUUUGGAGUGGGAAGGGAUCCCAGCAUAUGUAAUUGGAAUUGCACGAGGAAUAAGUGCUAUGAUUGGUAUAUCAGCGACACUAUUGUAUCCAAUAUUACACUCACACCUUUCAUCUCUUCGUACAGGACUUUGGUCCAUAUGGGCUCAGUGGUCCCUUUUAUUGGUAUCCAUUGCUUCACUUUGGGUUCAAAAUACAUAUUUGUCAGCAUGGAUGCUAAUGGGAGGAGUUGCCUCAUCACGUCUCGGAUUAUGGAUGUUUGAUUUGUCCGUAAUACAACAAAUGCAGGAUUCUGUUCCAGAAGCAGAUCGUUGUGUUGUGGGGGGUGUGCAGAAUUCACUCCAAUCAAUGAUGGAUUUGUUGGGCUAUGUAAUGGGGUUAAUUAUUUCAAAUCCAAAGGAUUUUGGGGAGUUAGCUAUCAUGUCAUUCUUUUCAGUAACAUUGGCUGCUGUGCUUUAUAGUGUUCAUGUGUACCACGUGCGGAGGCACCUUUUUCACUUCGACAAGUUCUUAAGGAAGUUCCAUUGGAUGAACACAUCACCCUUAAAUUAGAGGUGGUGGAACUCAGAGUGGGCAUGCACUGUGAGAGGUGUAUCAAGGCGAUCAAGAAGGCAGUUAAGAAGAUCGAAGAUAUUGAGACAUACAAGGUGGACAUAGAGCUGAAGAAGCUCACAGUUACAGGGAAUGUAACAACUGAAGAAGUCGUCAGAGAAUUGAAUAAAAUUGGGAAGCCUGCAACUGAAUGGUGUGAUGAGUAGCUGCACUCACCAGUAGAAGCUAUUAGAGGUCUUAUGAGAAAUAGGACUGGGUUCAUUGAUGGUUAUUUUUUGUUGUAUAACAAAUAAAUAUGUGGUUAAAUUUUAUAAAGGAAAAUUUGUUA